AUGAAAUGCAAAGAACAAAAGGCAUACCAACAGCUAGUAGAAGAAUUAAAGAACGAGUUCCCCCUAUUUCGAAAAUACACUGAUGAUUUUUUUUAUAGUAAAAAAAAGGAGGAACCUCCAAGGGGAAGAGAAGGCGUAAAUUUGUCUAGUCAAAAUGGGAAAGUCCCAGAUGAGACAAAGGAUAUAUGCAACACCUUGGUGACUGAAAUGGAGACGUCUUUCAAUCUGUUAGAACAAAAAAACAGAAUCAGUUGCUUAUGUAAAUUAUUUUUAAAUAACUACAGCCCAUUCACAAAUGGGUAUUACGAUUAUAUUGACAGCAGUUAUGUCAGUUCUUCCUUAGUAGAGGCGGCUAUGGAGAGGUACGUCGCGGGGGGGGCUUCCCAGGGUGAACAUUCAGAUGCGGGGGGGCAUAUUAGUGAAAUCGAUGCAGGGGGGCAUAUUAGUGAAAUCGAUGCAGGGGGGCAUAUUAGUGAAAUCGAUGCAGGGGGGCAUAUUAAUGAAAUCGAUGCAGGGGGGCAUAUUAAUGAAACCAAUGUGGAGGGGCUUAUGAGUGAAAUCAAUGCGGUCAGUGCAGUCACACCACUCAGCGUAGUCGCGAGGAGGCCCCAUAAACGGGAAAGCGUUGGGGAUGCGGGCAACGCGCUUGGGUGGGACAACGGCUGGGCUAGCGAUAGUGCAGGUGGCAAUGUGAGUGGCGGUUUGGGUAGCGAUGUGAUCGGCGGUGUGGGUAGCGAUGUGAUCGGCGAUGUGGGUAGCGAUGCGAUUGGCAGUGUUGGGGGCGAUGCGAUUGGCAGUAUUGGGGGCGAUGCGAUCGGCGGUGUAUGUAACGAUGCUAUUGGCAGCGUUGGGACUGAUGCGAGUGCUCCUGCGGGCAAUAUCCCUCGUAGUAGUCCCCGCAGUAAACCACGUGGCAGCCCGCGCACAACCCCAAGUGACAGGCGCAGCCGAAUCGGGAAGAGAAGUAGGAAGUACUACGAAACGGGCGCAAAGAUGAUCGGGAAGAGCCCCCACAGAGGGAGGUACUCGGACAGGGGGGCCAAUGCGAAGCGAGCGAAGGUGUGGGAGGGCGCGGCGAGAAGGGACAAGGGGGGGGGCCCUAGCGGAAGCGAAGUUGGCGAAGUAGGCGAAGAUAGCAAAGUUAGCAAAAUUAGCGAAGUCAGCAGCAGGAGCGGUGAAACAAAGAGAUGCGGUAGAAGCAACUCCAGUGGCAGCAUCCGCUCCUACCGGAGCAACCACUCCAACGGGAGCAACCGCUCAAAUGGAGACCCGAAGAAUUGCGUCGAAGACGAAGUGGACAAUAAGGAUCACCUUGGCUUCUGCGACAUUUCGCUCGUCCCCUUUGCGGAUGAGGCAUUUUACAUAAACUACGGAUGUGUGGGCACCAGCCGACGCGCCCGCAACGCAGGCAGCGUGUUUGUGAUUGACUACAUUGGGGGGGGACCAGAAAAAAAGGAAGUGGCCAAAUGUAAAAGACGAAUAACAUUCGGAAGGGAAGGAAAGAAAGAAUUUUUGCACAACAUAAAUGCCCAUUCAAUCGUGAAGGGAUGGAUUUAUAAGGCCGAUUCAAAGCACAAGUGCUUUCACGUCAGACUUUUUGCGGUGAGGAAUGACUCAGAGGGGAGCAGCGGGGGGAGGGCCACCCACGUGACGGAAAAUUCGCAAACUGGGAGUUGUGGCAGCGGAGAGGAUGGCGCCGGUGGGGGAAGGAGCGGUCUCCCCCGUAGCAAGUGGAGGCAGCGAAGUGGGGGGAGCGGUCCAAGUGGUGCAAGCGGUACAAGCGGUACAUGCGGGUCGAUCGAACCGGGCAGAACAGGUACACAGAGCAGAUUAGGCAAACCGGGCAACCACCACGUGUAUGCCUGCCUGCCCUUCCAAUUUAUCAGCAAGUUCCAAUUCGUGGACAGCCUGGACAUGCGGGGCCUCCGCCUGGAAGAGGACCUAAACAAGUUCGUGGGCAUGAACAUACGAGCGAGAAUAUUCGACGAUGGGAAAUACAUCCGCUCUCAUUUUGAAGACCUCCUGGGGAGGUACCACUUUCACUUCUUCCUAACGUUGCAGUGGAAGGGGCAUGACGAUCACAUAAAGAAUGACAAGCUGGGAUUCCUGUCUACCCAGUUAAGUGAAAGCAGUUUAAUGGGCCAAAAAGGAGGGGAAAAAAAACCCACCAGUGAGGUAGACCGCCUGUUGCUAACCCGCCUGGAUGUCCUCCUAUUUUCCUGCAAAAGAUUUAUGAGCAAGGAAAAUCUGAAAUAUAAAGAAAAGUACCUGUUCCUAAAUCUUCCCCAGUUGCCAUCCCUAAUUGAGUUCAAUUUUAGAAAUAAUUUUGUCCAAACGCACAUUGGAAAUGUUACAACGAGGAAGCAGAAUUUAAUUUGGUCUGACCAGAAAUUUAUGGAGGCGUUAGAAAUAUACAAAAAAAAUAGUAACUACUACGAUUUUUUAAAAAAUUAUUUCACCUUCGAUUCGGGGUCGAGUGCAUGCAGCUACGUCUACUUGAGUGAGAUGGACAAAUUUGAGGCAACAAAUGAGCGCACCGCUUCUGCCAAAGUGGGGACCAUUAAAUAUGAAGAAGAAAAGGAACCGAAUGGAGAUAACCCAAAACAGAGGAACCCCAUUUUAGAGCGAAAAAAGGAGAGAAAUUCCCCAGUGGAAAAUUCGAGUAACCUCAAAAUGGAAGGGAAUAAAAAUGCGAAACGGUACGAAGAUUAUUGGUUCUCACUAAAUGAUAGGGAGAAAUAUAUAGUGGAGAAGAUCCCCUUUUUAAAUUCUAGCGUAUACAAAUCUAAGUGGAUUUAUGAUUUCUUUAACUGCAUUAAGUUAACCAUUAAUUUGAAUAAUCACCACCUUUGGGGGAACUUCCUCCUCAGCCUGGUGCUGCUAGAGCUGAGCUGCUACACGGAAUGUUUCCUUUUCCUCUUCAGGAUUUUUCAAAUAAAAAAAAUGUUUUUGGAAAGCUACAAAUUGAAAAAUGUUAUCUGCUCAGUCUUCAUAAGACGGUUAAAAAAAUACAUCUCAAAGGAGCACCUAUGGAAUGUCAUCGUAAACUACAGGGAAUACGAUUUGUUCAGCAUGCGGGAGGACAACUGCGAUGAGUACUGCCGGAAUAUUUUUGAGCGAAAUUUGAGUCUCUUAUGCGCUUUGGAAAAGGGGUAG